GGUGAGCUCGGUGAGGAGGGCAGUGACCUGUUUCCCCCGGGGCCUUCCAGGCCGAUGCCACAGGUUAGAGAGGCAAGGCCAAGCCUGGCUUUGAAGCAUUGGCAAACUGCCCCUGGCCCUACUUCGAUAACCGCAGCGGCCAUGGAGCCAGAACUACUUAGGAGGCGAAGCCCGAGGAUGAGGCACCUUGGAGCGGCGGCAGUGCGGUGUGGGGAGGAGAAUGGUGGCCCCCGAUGGCUUCAGAGGGCUGAGAAGGUGGGUGUGGAAGCUUGACCACUGUGGGCCACGGAACUGUGCAGUUCUGGGUCUUGGGGAACUGCUAUUUCCCAGUUGGAGGAACCCCCACCUCUUUCCCACGAGGGCGAACAAAGGCCUCACCAGUCCCGGGAGCUGCGAGAGCCAGCCCAAGGAAGGGAGAAGGGUUAAUGGCCUACGGGCCAUUGCCGAGGAGAAUCAUUUACAUCCACAUUUGGCUAAUUGGAAACGCUUAAACUCUAUUGGGAAGAUUUACUGGCUGUGUUUAGGAGGCCCGCAUUUGUGAUGUGAAAAAGCUUCACUCAAUAUUGCUUCCAACCUUAUAAAAGAAAACUUGUUGCAUCUGGACAAUAUAAGAUUGCUGGUGUACGAUAAAGUAGAUACAAAAUCACAUGUCUUGAAAACUUCAAUAUUUAAAAAAAAAUCACAGAAAAGAAACAUCUUCUGGAAGUGACUCUGACAUGUGUUCAUUAGACAUCUGGAAAAGUGAUACUAGGAGUGAUACUUGUCCACGUUUGUUCAGUGGGUUAGAGGACAUGAAGCAGAAGACAGAAGAAAGCUGCGUACCAGACUGAUUAAGAAGAGAAUGAGAAUUUUCUUCACUCUGACCCAGAGAAUACUGUGUUCAAUUUCCCCAAAGGGCAAAGCGCACUGCAUGAUGGUCAUCACUGUAAGAGAAUGUGGAAGGCAGACAUGUGUUGUGCAGCCUCCGAAAAUAACUGGAAACAGUGGAUCAUCUCUUUGAUAAUCGCCCUAUACGUUGUAUCCAUCAUGGUGGCAGCUAUCCUGUUUAUAUGGCAGUCAGAGGAGGACCAGGUUGGAAUAUACACCAAGGCUUGGACCUUAGCCAGUAUAUUUGUAGUCACAGCAGUUGUAAUAUCACUGCGGAGAAUUUUACAACAUGCAAUGCAUUAUACACAGCCAGAACUGCAGCAGGCAAUUAUCAGAAUCCUUUGGAUGGUUCCUAUAUAUAGUGUGAAUAGUUGGCUAGCUCUGAUAAAACCCAGCGCUGCCAUAUAUUUGAAUACUUUCCGAGACGGCUAUGAGGCAUACAUAAUCUAUAAUUUCAUGAUCUUCCUGAACAACUACCUAACUAGUCAAUAUAGAGAUGUGACAGCAGUCCUUGAAUCAAAAGAACAACAAAAACAUAUCCCGCCUUUAUGCUGCUUUCCACCAUGGGAGAUGGGCAAAGUUCUUCUAUUUGGGUGCAAACUAGGAGUUUUACAAUACAUACCAGUGAGAAUUGUGACGACUGUGGUUGCUGUCAUCUGUAAAUCACUUCACGUAUAUCAUGAGGGAACUUUCAAUCUUAAGGAUUCCUGCAUUUACUUAGUAAUUAUAAGCAGUAGCUCUCAAGGGGUAGCUAUGUAUUGCCUUACUUUGUUCUAUGUCACGUUCAAGAAAGAGUUCAAGCCAGUCAACGCCAUUGGCAAAUUACUCAGUAUGAAGUUAUUCAUUUUGGUCUCUUUUUUGUAAGUGUUGCUUUCUCUUAAAUGUUCUCAUUUUUCUAAAGUGCAAUAAAAAUGUUGAUUUUCAG